GCAGCCCUCGUUGUUAAUUUGCAAGUCUUGCUUUGGCAGGCUUUGUCACCGCUGUCACCGCUGCUGAAUUUGAUGCGACACUCCGUGGAACCAAAAGCUCACCUGACUGGUAUUCUGUGGAUGACCCCAAUUGACGCCAUUUCCCCCUUCUACCGCGUUCCCAUUCCUCGUCAAGAGGAUGACGCGGAGGAAGAGGUAAAUGAGCACGUCUAUCCGCAACCGGGUUAUUUGCGAUUCCUCACUGUGACCGCCUUUGUGUCCAAUUGGUUGGUCUGA